AUGUCGGUCGUCAAAUACAAUUCUGAUAGCAGUCUAAUCAAUAUUAGCGAUGGUCUGAGUGUUGUUCAUAAGAAUGCUCAGUCCAAUUCCUUAGUGGUGUACAAUUCCAAUACCAAUAGCUUCCAACUCAUUAGCCUUGAAGGAUAUCAAGAAAAGGGUGAUUCUGGAAGUUCGAGCAAUUUCAGUAAGGAGAGGUCUGACAAAGACUCUUUCAGCUUCAUAUGUGCUAAUUGUGGCUAUGAGAACCACUUGGGGGAUACUGGGCCUCGGAAAAGACGUCAUGCUUCCCUGAUUAGAGGGAAGGAAGAGAAUAAAUCUGGGGAGGACCCCGGUGACAGUAAUCUUAACGAUUCCGGGGCGAAUAAAAGACGUAGAAACUCCAACAGUCUAAUCACCAAUGGAGAUACUGGUCUUGGGGGGAGAUACAUCACCACUAGUUCUGGUGACUUACUUAGAGAAGAUUACUUUAGAUUAUUGGCCAAGAUUGAUGCCACUACCAACAAAUCUUCAAUGGAUUUGAUAAAGAGGGUGAAAAAAAGUGGUAUUAAUAAGGGAAGUUCCUCUGACAGAGAUUAUUUACCGUCGGAGAUACCGUUUGAGUUGAUUAAUCAAGGAUAUUUCCAAAAAUUCUUCCGAAUCUUGAAAGAGCUAGGUAACGGAUCCAACGGAAAGGUUUAUAAGGUGGAACAUGAGUUGAUGGACUUAAAUUUAGGAGUGUUCGCAUUGAAAAAAAUCGCCAUAGGUGAUGAUGUUCAGAACUUGGUGAGAAUCCUAAAUGAGGUCAAAUUCUUAUACAAUCUCAGUGAAAAGGCGUACAAUGUACCAGUUGAACUGGGUUCUGCUUCUAUUCUAGGUGCUAAUAAUAUUGUUAGGUACAAUCACGUUUGGCUGGAAAUCGACCAGGUAUCCAAGUUUGGUCCUAAAGUUCCUGUUGUAUUCAUACUCUAUGAGUAUUGUGAUGGAGGAGAUUUGGACAAGUUUGUGAAGUCACUUGCAAACCCUGGGUUUGACCUUGAAAAGGAGAAGCUGUUUAGGAAAUUGAGACGGUUGAGUGAGCAUGAUUCCAAAUUACCUGACGAUGUUGCGAAAUUUCGUCAAGUCGAUGCCCGGUAUUUGAACAAUUAUGAGAUUUACAAGAUCUUUAAUGAUGCUGUCAACGGAGUGAACUAUCUCCAUGAGUUGAAAAUCAUUCAUAGGGACUUGAAACCUUCCAACUGUCUAUUCAAGAACAGAUUUCCUGCCGAUUAUCGGCCAAUCACAUCUAUUGAUCAACUUGAUAGGAUUCCAAUGUUGUUGGUGAGCGAUUUUGGUGAGUCCAUUAUGGAAAAUGGUCAAAGAAGUUCCACGGGGACAACCGGUACACUUGAAUUCUGUGCUCCGGAGCUUUUCCAGCUCGUUAAGUCUCAGGACAGCAAAAACAGUGGUCGAUUCAAAGAGUUCAGCCAUUUUUCUGAUGUCUAUUCGCUUGGUAUGAUUCUCUACUUUUUAUGCUUCAACAGGUUACCGUUCAAGUCGGAUUUACCCGACGAUAUCCGUGAAGAAAUUACCCAGUUCAAGAUGUUUGAUGGAAUGGAAGACAUAAGGCCAUUGACCAAAGAUGCAUCUGAUCAGUCGAAGUUGUUACGAGACUACGUCGUACUGAUUAGAAAGAUGAUCAACCCUGAGAUGCAAAAGAGACCUACCGCUUCGGAGGUUGUUGAAGAAAUGGGGAAGGUUUAUAAGAAGUUGGAUAACGGGAAGCACUUGGUUGAAUCUGAUAAGCUAGAAGUUGUUGCAUUGGUCAAUGACCAAUCGGUGAUUUCGAUCGAUGGUAACUUUAAUAUCCUUGCAGUUACUGGAUUAACCAUCAUAAACAUAUGGAUGCUUGCGAAAUGGUCAUAUUUGGUUAAUAUUGAGUAUCUGACAUUGGGAUUGGUUAUCGCACCGAGACUAAGGCCCUAUUUGAUGGUUUUACAAAUGGAAUUAUUUAUGAUCGGACUAGGAAUUACCUAUAGUGUACAUUACACGAAAACGUGA